AAAGAAAAUAAAAUGAAUUUCUUAGUGAAUGCUGUGAAAUUGUACUUCAAUAGAAAUUGGACAAGAGAAGACAUGAUGAGUUCUGCACCAAUUACCCAGCACGCUCACACAAGCUUGCAAAAGGUGUAUCUUGCUCUCCUCUGUGCCAUGUCGGCUGCUGCUUGUGGAUCCUACUUGCACUUCAUCGGGGAAGUAGGGGGGCUGUUCACAGUCCUUUCUUCUGAAGCAAGUUUACUCUGGCUUUACCAUACACCACCAUGGAGAGUGCGAAAGAGGGUUGUGCUCUUGAUGUAUACUGCAUUUUGUGUUGGUGCUUCUGUUGGCCCUUUUACCAAGUACUUCUUCGAAAUCGAUCAAAGCGCUGUCGUUAGAUUUUUGCAAGGUGCAGCAUCUGUCUUUGGAUGUUUCUGGGUUGCAGCCAAAGAAGAAAGGGAAAGGAGCCAAAUCUACACCAGUGGCCUGUUUUACUCUCUAAUGUAUCUGUUAUUUGGCAUUUCUCAGUGGACGUUAAAGGCAUGCGUUUUGCUUUCAUUGUUCAUGGUGUACCUUGUGGUAUAUAGCCAAGAGAUAUUGUACGAUGCUCGAUUUGGAGGAAUUGACUUUGUCAAUUGCACAUUUACCAUCUUCCUACAUUUACCGGCUAUAGUGGUCCAUGCUAUAAGAAUCUGCCUGGUUGUAAACAUUGAGCAACGCAGACAAUAUUAAUGCUGAUACACAUGGAACUAUAGAAUAAAUAGGGAGCAGUAUACAGAUGUAGAACUCUGUAAAUGAUGAAAAAGUAUGUCUUUGUGAUGACUACAUUUUACAGUACAUUCUUAGUCUGAAGUCAAGUGCUUUAAAUAUUUCUUGGCAAAAUUUGAAUAACUAUA